AUGGCUUCCGUGGACAACAUCCUCCAGGGCGUCACCGUCCUGGGCUCCGUCAAGGAGGAGCACAAGAAGAUCCUGACGCCCCAGGCCCUCGCCUUCAUCGCCCUCCUCCACCGCUCCUUCAAUGCCACACGCAAGACCCUGCUCGAGCGGAGGAAGCUCCGCCAGGCCGAGCUGGACAAGGGCGCCCUGCCCGACUUCCUGCCCGAGACCAAGCACAUCCGCGAGAACCCCACGUGGAAGGGCGCGCCGCCCGCCCCCGGCCUGGUCGACCGCCGCGUCGAGAUCACCGGCCCGACCGACCGGAAGAUGGUCGUCAACGCGCUCAACUCGGACGUGUGGACGUACAUGGCCGACUUUGAGGACUCCAGCGCACCCACCUGGGACAACAUGAUCAACGGCCAGGUCAACCUCUACGACGCCAACCGCCGCCAGGUCGACUUCAAGCAAGGGCCCAAGGAGUACAAGCUGCGGACGGACCGCAAGCUGCCCACCCUCAUCGUCCGCCCCCGCGGCUGGCACCUCGACGAGAAGCACGUCACCGUCGACGGCGAGCCCAUCUCGGGCUCCCUCUUCGACUUUGGCCUCUACUUCUUCCACAACGCCCGCGAGCUCGUCAAGCUCGGCUACGGCCCUUACUUCUACCUGCCCAAGAUGGAGUCCCACCUCGAGGCCCGCCUGUGGAACGACGUGUUCAACCUGGCCCAGGACUACAUCGGCAUGCCCCGCGGCACCAUCCGCGGCACCGUCCUCAUCGAGACCAUCCUCGCCGCCUUCGAGAUGGACGAGAUCAUCUACGAGCUGCGCGACCACUCCUCCGGGCUCAACUGCGGCCGCUGGGACUACAUCUUCUCCACCAUCAAGAAGUUCCGCCAGAACUCCAACUUUGUCCUGCCCGACCGCUCCUGCGUCACCAUGACGGUGCCCUUCAUGGACGCCUACGUCAAGCUGCUCAUCCAGACCUGCCACAAGCGGGGCGUCCACGCCAUGGGCGGCAUGGCCGCCCAGAUCCCCAUCAAGGACGACAAGGCCGCCAACGACAAGGCCAUGGAGGGCGUGCGCGCCGACAAGCUGCGCGAGGUGCGCGCCGGCCACGACGGCACCUGGGUCGCCCACCCGGCCCUGGCCGCCAUCGCCUCCGACAUCUUCAACAAGCACAUGCCCACGCCCAACCAGCUCUUCAACCGCCGCGAGGAUGUUGCCAUUGGCCAGAACGACCUGCUCAACAUGAACGUGCCCGGCGCCAUCACCGAGGCCGGCAUCCGCAAGAACCUCAACAUCGGCCUCGGCUACAUGGAGGCCUGGAUCCGCGGCGUCGGCUGCGUGCCCAUCAACUACCUCAUGGAGGACGCCGCCACGGCCGAGGUCUCGCGCUCCCAGCUGUGGCAGUGGGUGCGCCACGGCGUCACCACCGCCGAGGGCAAGAAGGUCGACAAGGCCUACGCCCUCAAGCUGCUCAAGGAGCAGACCGCCGAGCUGUCGGCCAAGGCGCCCCAGGGCAACAAGUUCCACCUCGCCGCCCAGUACUUUGCCGGCCAGGUCACGGGCGAGGACUACGCCGACUUUUUGACCACGCUGCUGUACAACGAGAUCACCAGCCCUGGCAGCCCCCGUGCUGCGUCGAAGCUGUAA